AUGGAAGUGAGGAACAUUACAUAUGAAACAACUGUGAGAAUCACCAAAGAGAAAGAUGCAAAAACAAAGCAAAUGAUUUGCAGAAUCAAAAAUAAAAAUUAUGUUUCUCCUGAAAAUGAUAAGUGGAGGCAUGACAACAGUGACUCGGAUAAUGAAAAUGAAAAGAUGAAAGAUAUGGUUGAGAAGAAGACUAGGUGGUGGUGUGUGAGAGAUGGAAAAAGAAAGAGAACACCAAAGUCAUCCCCUGCAGUUAUCAUUCCGAAGGAUGGAGAUAAGGGGUCUUCUGGAGAACCAAAGCAGAGACUGAUUGAUGAAACUGUUUUGGAGCUAUCUGUGGUGAUUGAACAAGGAGCUGAACUGUUAAAAGAAUCUUUGGAGAGCUAUCUGAAAAAGAAUGACGAAGUUGCAGCACAACAAGUUCAAGGAUCGAGUGCUCAUGUUGAAAAGGUUACAAGAGUUGAGCCAGAGGUUGAAGAUCUGGGGAGUUCAAGUGAAGAUGAUUCUGAAGAAACUCAAUCUGAAUCUGAAUUAAAUCCAACAACUCUUGGAAGGGGGAAAGCACAGCUGAAAAAGAAACCUUUAAAGAAGAAGAAAACAUCAGAUGAAGAAGAUUCGCCUUAUGUACCAGAACAGCCAAAGAAACAAGUAAAGAAACAAAAGGCAGUUCAAGCUGGUGUAAUCCCAAGAAACGUUAGGGCAAAGAAAGCUGGAGCAGAACCUUCUAAAGAAAAGGGAGGAAAAUCAGAAAAGCAUGUUCAAAAGCCAAUAGAAACUGAAGUUGAAACCAUAAAGGAGCCAGUAGCUGAAAAAGAAACUGGUGGUGAUGAUUACGUAGAAAUCACGGGGUCUAAAGCUGCUAGUCCACGUCCUACUCCUCAAGAUAAACCAGGACCGUCACAUCAUAAAGAUCCAAAGUAUGAUUACAUUUUCGAAGGUCUUCCAGAAGCAACAUGA